AACUAUUUUCAGUCAUAUUUCGAAACUAUUUCCAGGCUGAAUUUGUUUUUCCAGUCCAAUUUGCCGAUGACAAUGAUUUUGUAGUUCUGAAUUCCGAGUGGUUUUGAACGCACCAGAAGGCUGCGCGUGAGUCCCAUGCCAGCCUAGGAGCCGCGGCAUCAACAGUUUCCUCCGAAUCAUCCAGAGGAUGACUAUACGAUAUAUAGAAAAUCGUCAGGGCUGAGUGACACCGAGUGGAAAUGUUCAGGUACGUCUAAAUGUAUCUAUGUGUGUACCAUGGACACAGAUAUGAUUCCAAAAUUCUCCUCAAAAGACGAGGAGAUUGACUUCUGGAAGGCACUUUCACUCAAGUACAAGAAAAAUUGCCAGGAGGCCAAAGAGGAGCUGCUGGACUUCCAGGAGGGAAGCAGAGAGCUAGAGGCAGAGCUGGAGACCCAGCUGGGCCAGGCUGAGAACCGCGUGAGGGACCUGCACUCGGAGAACAACCGUCUUAAGAACGAGGUGGACUCACUCAAGGAGAAACUGGAGAAGCAGUAUGCCCAGAGCUACAAGCAGAUCAGCAUGCUGGAGGACGACCUGGGUCAGACCCGGAGGAUCAAGGAGCAGCUCCACAAAUACGUGCGAGAGCUGGAGCAGUCCAACGACGACCUGGAGAGAGCCAAGAGGGCCACGAUCGUGUCCCUGGAGGACUUUGAGCAGCGUCUGAACCAGGCCAUAGAGAGGAACGCCUUCCUGGAGAGCGAGCUGGAUGAGAAGGAGUCCCUCCUGGUCUCGGUGCAGAGAUUAAAGGACGAGGCCAGAGACCUGCGGCAGGAGCUCGCCGUCCGAGAGCGUAAUGUCGACGUGACGAGAAUGUCGGCGCCCACCACGCCCACGCAAGGAGACAGCGAGAAGAUGGAUUUCUCUGUCCAGGCCUCACUGUCUCUUCCUGCCACCCCACUUGCCAAAAACCUGGACAAUGCCUUUGCCAACCCCACCGAGUUGUCCAACGGCCUUGGCAACUCACUGACCCCCUCUGCCAGAAUAUCAGCCCUCAACAUUGUCAGUGACUUGCUCCGGAAAGUAGGGGCUCUGGAGUCUAAGCUUGCGGCCUGCAGGAACUUUGCCAAGGACCAGAAAGCCAGGAAGUCUUAUGCCAUUGCCGAGAAUGGGAACGUGGUCAACGGCAACGCAGCCAAGUUCUCCCAUUCACUCCACACAACGUCGUCGUACUACGACAAAACCAGGAGAGAGAGAGUAAUAUUCCCUGCAUUAAUUCUGGGUAAUGAUCUUCCUCCGCUGAUGAUGAGUGGCGAUGAACAGCCUGGACAGCGGCGCCCUGAAAGCCAUCACAUCCCCACCCGCCUCCCCGGGCCUUCUGCCCCUCAUUGUGUGACGGCGCCGGACGGCACACCCGACGAACCCCACCGUUCACCCCCCGGCAACACACUCCUCUCUCCCUCGUGCCGACAUAAAUGGCCAUGUUUUAAAGCCGAAAGCAUGGUGUUGACUUAAAACAAGUCAGAGAGAGGGAUGGAAGGAACGUUAAAAUAGCUAGCACCAUUGAACACUUCUGACAUUAUUGUAAUACUGGCCCCUGUUUGCAGUCAGUGCUUUUUCACAGGCUGUCUCUGUAAUUCUGAAUAUUUAGUGCUUACUGUACUUGUGUCUCACUGUCUCAAGUCUAUUUCACACACACACACACACACACACACACACACAUACACGUAUAUAGAUCACUCCACACAAUCACCCAAAUUGAAGGUACACCCAGUGAGAAGCUUUACAUCCACAAUCCUCCUUGCAAUAAUCUCCUCACAACUUUAGUCUAAAACAAAAUACACAUCGUACUUCUACAAAUUUGACACAGCUCAUCAGCAUGUGGAAUAAUAUGUUGUAACAGGUGAGGAAAUAUACCACAUUAACCAGAGUCUACAGAAGAAGCCAGACGUGUGGAUUACUGUGCCACUGUAAUCUAACAGCUUUAGAUCCGGCUAUGAGAAGACUCCCCUCCCAACCCCCCACCCAUGAUGUGGAAUCUAGGGAUGAUUGGUUGGCAGCCGGCAUACAUUUAUGUAAAUGUGUUUAAUAGCCCGGCACAAUCCUUCACCAUUUACCAGCUCGUAACAAGCUGGCGGUUAAUAACAGGGGUUUAGGUCUCCCGUGUCAGCUCUAGGCCUUUCGGUCCUUGAAUGUUACCUUCAGAAGCAAUCUGAAGUUAGCUCUUUUUAUUUGUGUUUUACAAUUAUUUGUUUCGAAAACGUUCAAAAGGGAUGGUGAAAUUCGUCCCUGUGGGCUACCUGUUAUUGGCUCAGUUGAACUGUAUGACAACGUGCACAGUAUUGGUCAUAUUGAUCAUUAUUUAUAGAUGUCCAUUUGAGGGCUGGUGCGUUGCCAUGGUGUUUUAGACAGACCACAUUUGCCAGUACAGCAUUUUUUUUUAAUUUGUCUUCAUUUUUAGUGUUGAAUUUCCACAAGUGUCUAACUGUGUUUUAUUUUGUCUGAAUAUCAUAACCCUGGGUUGGCAACCUAAGGUAAAGGGCAUUCAUUUUGUGCAUAUAUUUUCACAUUCUUUCAUCGGUUUAGUUCAAGUGCAAUAUUGCCUGUUGGUUUAUCUGUUACAUUGUACAUAGUUUUGUUUUAUUUAAAUGUAAUUCAGAUUCAUUGUAUAGCAUGAUGUGUUCAAAUAAAAAAAUUACAUUA